GUGUGCGGAUGAAAGGCAGGUCCCUUCUGUGUAUCACUCGUCUAUUUAUAGUGAGAACAAAUCCCAGAUAUGAGAGGAAUCCUGCCGCCAUUUAGGAGAGAAGAGAUAGAGAGAGGGAGAGAGAGAGAGAAAGAGAGAGAGAGUGCAAGAAGGAAAGAGAUGGAAAGUUAAGAGUGUGUCAAGUCAGCCUCGCUUCAGUCAAUGCAACUUUUGUGUCGCCAGAAGCUGCAACAGCUUUCAUUCUUCUGGGAAGACUUUCUACUCACUUUUGGAAGCGUGUGUGGGUCAGAGGAGACUAUGUCUAAACCUUCAUCCAACGUCAAGGCCCUGCAGGCUAAUCUGAACAUCCCGAUGGGAGCUCUGCGUCCGGGGGCGGGACAUCCUGUGAGGAGGAGAGAGGAGACGGGAGACACGUGCCAGGCCAGCUCGCCGACGGAGCAGCCAAGCGAUGCCGCGCACCCUCCGCAGGAGGAAAAAAAGACUUUGCCCGGCGCCGUCAAACUGCCCGGCCCGGCCUUUAACCUCUCGGAGCUGAAGAACGUCAAGAGUGAAUUACGCGGGGUUGGCAAGGAAUAGCACGAGCCAGCGUCCAGGCGGUGAGGGGUCCAGGCGGUGAGGGGUCAUCCAUUUGCUGGUUACCACGGCGAUGCUCCGAAACCACAAUUACAUCUUGGACAAAGUUUCGGUCGAGGGUCACCCAACCAAAAUCCGCUUUGUCCGUUGAUGUUUCUUUGCCGAUCAAAUCAAUUGCGAUCCUUUUCGAGGCGGCGCUCCAAACACAAACUCUGAGCGUGUUCACCUCAUUCGAAUCUUUGGGCCGAUCAUGAUCAAUCGCAAAGACAAUUUUUUCUUCCGUUCUUUGAAGAGCAUUCGACUUUUUCGCUCUAAAUGGCUUUCUCGUGCUCGACUUUUGUGCUAUUUUUGUGUCUUUAUCAAUAAAUCAUUUUGGUUGAAUAGCAAUCAAAAUGAAGUCGGGUCUUGGGCCUGAGUCAGCAAAAAUAUUGCAAUGGACCCUCGCUUGUAUGCUCGCUUGGCUUCAACCGUUUUGCCUUUUUCAUGAGGUGGCUUUUAUUUUGUUUUGUUUUCAAUUCACUUUGUAUUAAUGUUAGUUUUUAAUAGUUUUGAGAAAAUCGUAAGUCACUGUAUUGCUUCAUCAAUCAUUUUUAAUUGA